UUAAUAUUAACGGCUGGAAGGUGGUUAAGAUGUGUCUGAUAUUAUUUUCAGAGUUCAGAGUUUUGAAUAUAAGCCGAACUGUAUAAUUGUAAAAAAAACACUGGCGGAAUAAAGUUGUAUAAAGUGUGGUCAAAUUUCGUUGGCAUUCACUUGUGUCAGGACAUUGUUGGAUCUAACUGUGUAACAUAUGAAGAAGCGAGAAAGAAGGAUUAAAAUUAAUUUUCGUUAGCAUCAUUUGUGAUUUACAAAGUACAUGUAGUUAAAAAAUAACAUAAAUCAAAGAACCUUGCCUUGGAAAUGAGUCUUCUGUCCCAGUCCCCGAGGGUGGGGCGGUCCCCGCGUUUAAAGGCAAAAUGGCUGUCCAACACCAUGGCUUAUCAGUACGGCAACAACGGAGCGAAGAAGAGCGAGAUUAUCGUGCUCACUAAUGACCUUGACCAGUACUUGCAGGACAUGUUUCAGAGUAUUGACACCAAGGGACGUGGUAAAAUAUCAGCCGAGGAGUUUUACCUCUUGUGUGAUGUCCUGAAUCUCAAGGACACGGACGAUGGCCUGAAGCAAGUGAGUGACCUCUCUUUCAAAGACUUUCACGACCGCCUGUGUGAACAUUUCGCCUGUUACGGAGACUACAUAGGGUUUCUUGUGAAUCAGACGUUUCGAGCUAAAAACAAUAACAACAAUAAUCCAAUUGGAAAAGAAACCAACUCAACUAUACCAGACUGUACAAGGAGGUCGUCGUUCCAAAAGCAGAUGGCCACGUCCAAGAGCCACCAGUGCAUCCAUGACGCGGAACUGUUCAAGAACUGGGACAAGCUGCGGUUGGCGGGCUUCCGGUUGAGCGAGAUGCGUGAACACAUUGACCACCUGCUGUACGAAGUCACGUUCCAUAAAGAGGAGUCUCAGACUCUCAGGGAAAUCAUUGAGGAUCUCAGGACGAUGCUUCAGGCAUCCGACGCUCAGAAUAUUGGGAUGCAGGUGGCUCUGAAGCGUCAUCAGCGUGGAGGGGUCGUGGAGCCAACGCUGACGGUCCGACUUACGCCGCCUCGCCUCGGAAACACAAACAACAGACAUUCCCUGCCACCUGACACCGGUCACCUCGUGUACCACCCACUCAAAGGCGAGGAGCGGUCAGUGGCAGCGCUAGCCCGGGAACUCAGCCACGUAAGGGAGCUCCGCGAUCGCGAGGUCCGCGAACUCAUCUCUUUCAACAACCAACUGCAGCAUGACGUCACGGACCUGUCACGUGAAAUAUGUCGUCUCGAGGCGGAGAAGAAGCGGCAGGCAGGUCAGCUCGACCUCAUUGUGAAGACGUAUACAUGCUGCCGGGAGCUGUUUGCCGUCUGCGUGGACAGCCUGCGCGAGGUUGAGUCCUCCGACGCCACUUCCUGUCUACCAUCACCGUCCCCGCUCCGCACGCCCAGCCGACAGAGGACGUUCUCGUUCUCUGGAGCACGGGAUAAGAGUUCCUCCGACAACCAUCAAACCCCAGCCACAUCAACAGAUAAGGCCGGCGCACCCCUUUGCGAUAUUGCGGCAGACGACAGUUCUCCACCGGAAGUGGUUUUGAUAAGGAGGCUGGAGCACGAGAUAGCCGCGCAGCUGGAGGAACUGAACUCGCAGCAUCAGGAGGCGUUUAGGGUGGAGCAGGAGCUGUCGCUGUGCCGGCGCCACCUGCAAACGGCCAACUUCCAGGUGGAGGCGUUGGAGACGGAGUGUGGCCGCCUCCUCGCGCUCGAAGACCAGCUAGUCAGCGUCUUCCGGUUCCUGCAGAAGGGCCGCUCGCAGUGCCUGAGCCGGAAGACGCUUGGACAGCUGCUCCUUGACGUCAUAGACUCGAGCUUCGGUGGCGAGGACCAAGACAUGACGGCGGACCAGUUUAUUCGGAUCCUACAGAAAACGCUGUCCGACUGUCCACUCUUCCUCCUUGCCACGUGAUCCGCGGUCGCCAUGGAAACACACUUCAAGCUGACCAGGACAACCAUGUUGCCUUUCGUUUCCUUACCAUGGACAGUAUACGUUCUGUUGACGCAAAUUUCGUUACAAUUAUAAACGUUGUAUCUCUGUAUAGUAUCUAAAAAUUACGUUCAUAUUAAUCUAUGAACAUCAUUAUAUACUGUAUGCUUAUAUCGAUUAACGUGGGCAGUGGCGGCUUCAGGAAUUCA